GUGGUGCUUUUGUGUGAUUCUUUGUGGAGAAACUCAACUAAAUCAACUAAUCGAUUAGUCGAUCUAAUUAGAGUGUUAGUCGACUAAGGUAUUUUUUGGCCGAGGACAGAUCUAGUUUUUUUACAGUACAUUUUUCAGUCUGGUUUUAUCUGGUACUUGAACAUCACAGGUUCCAUCACGUUAUAUUCUGAGAUAAAUCUUUUUGAUUUAUGUUGAUGGUGGUUUAGCGUGCAAUCCACCCACAGUAGAACUGGUCUGCAUUGGUUCCUGUCUGGUUCUGGUCCUGUUUUUUGGGGUUCAGCUGAGACCUGAGACGGUCCAUGCAGCGCUACCGCCGCUAUGGCACCUCCUACCCCCCCCCAGCCUCCUCGGCUCCUGUAGAGGAGGUCCACGCUGAGGAGGAGUGCACUGAAGAGGAGGUGGAUGAGGAGGAGUGCGCUGAAGAGGAGGUGUAUGAGGAAGAGGAGGUGGAGCCGCUGAUACAGGAGGAGGUGGAGCCUGUGGUCCAGGAGACAGGAGGCGUUAAUGAGGAAGAGGAGGAGCAACACACGAAGGAGGAGGUGCAGCCUGUCGUCCAGGAGACAGAGGGGAAGACGACGCCGGUGGAAAGCAAGAAUGGAAAGAGGACGGAGAGAGGAGGAGGAGGAGGAGGAGGAGGAGGAGGAGAGGCAGCAGCAGGAGGAGGAGGAGGUUCUAAGUACUCCAUGUUCACCUGGUUUGUGGUCCUGGCUCUGCUGGGAGUCUGGAGCUCCGUGGCUGUGGUCUACUUCGACAUCGUGGACUACGACAGCGUCAUCGCCAGAGCUAAGGAGUUUCGUAUGAACUUUUCUCAAGUUUUACAAGGGAAACUGACGGCCUACGACACCGACGGCGACGGAGACUUUGACGUGGAAGAUGCUAAAGUUCUGCUCGAAGACGACACGUUAGAGGACACUGAUCAAGACAUUAAACUCCCAAAAGGUGAAGCAGGGCAGACUGCUGCUAGAGAGAACACAACCAGAGACCGCCCCGUCAGAGGCGCCCGGCUGCGCUCCGCUCUGAGGGAAGAGCUGAGGAUGAUCCACGAGAAGAUGGAGGCCAAGAGGAUCGCUCGCAUCGCCCUGGCCGAGAUCAGGGCCUUCCUCGCCGAAGAAGAGGAGGAGAAGGAGAGGGCCUGGGCGCUGAAGAUGAAGACGCUGGAGGCCGCAUGGGAGCAGCUGAGGGAGGAGAGGAGGAGGGAGGCAGAGAAGGUGGAGGAGGAGAAGGAAGCAAAGGAAAGAGCAGAGAAAGAGAGGUUGGCUCGAGAGAGGGCAGAAAAGGAGAGGUUAGAGAUGGAGAGAUUGGCCAAAGAAGAGAGGGAACGACUAGAGCGAGAGAGGACGGAGAAGGAGAGGAUAGAGAGGGAGCGCAUCGCAAACGAAAGAGAAAGAAUAGCCAGAGAGAUGGAGAAGGAGAAGGAACAGUUAGAGAGGGAGAGACUUGAGAAAGAGAGGAUCGCCAACGAGGACGCCGAAAAAGAGAGGCUGGAGAGGGAACGCGUCACCAAAGAGAGAGCAGAAAAAGAGAGGCUAGAGAAGGAACGCAUCGCCAAAGAGAGAGCGGAUAAAGAGAGGCUAGAGAGGGAAAGCGUCGCCAAAGAGAGAGCGGAAAAAGAGAUGCUGGAGAAGGAACGUAUCGCCAAAGAGAGAGCGGAAAAAGAGAGGCUGGAGAGGGAACGCAUCGCCAAAGAGAGAGCGGAAAAAGAGAGGCUGGAGAGGGAAAGCGUCGCCAAAGAGAGAGCGGAAAAAGAGAGGCUAGAGAGGGAAAGCGUCGCCAAAGAGAGAGCGGAAAAAGAGAGGCUAGAGAGGGAAAGCGUCGCCAAAGAGAGAGCGGAAAAAGAGAGGCUAGAGAGGGAAAGCGUCGCCAAAGAGAGAGCGGAAAAAGAGAGGCUGGAGAGGGAAAGCGUCGCCAAAGAGAGAGCGGAAAAAGAGAGGCUGGAGAGGGAACGCAUCGCCAAAGAGGGAGCGGAAAAAGAGAGGCUGGAGAGGGAACGCAUCGCCGACGAGAGAGCAGAAAAAGAGAGGCUGGAGAAGGAACGUAUUGCCGAAGAAAGAGCGGAAAAAGAGAGGCUGGAGAGGGAACGCAUCGCCAAAGACAGACUGGAGAGGGAACGCAUUGCCAAAGAGAUAGCCGAAAAAGAGAGGCUGGAGAGGGAACGCGUUGCCAAAGAGAGGCUGGAGAGGGAACGCAUUGCCAAAGAGAUAGCCGAAAAAGAGAGGCUGGAGAGGGAACGCGUCGCCAAAGAGAGGCUGGAGAGGGAACGCAUCGCCAAAGAGAGGCUGGAGAGGGAACGCAUCGCCAAAGAGAGGCUGGAGAGGGAACGCAUCGCCAAAGAGAGGCUGGAGAGGGAACGCAUUGCCAAAGAGAGGCUGGAGAGGGAACGCGUCGCCAAAGAGAGGCUGGAGAGGGAACGCGUCGCCAAAGAGAGGCUGGAGAGGGAACGCGUCGCCAAAGAGAUAGCCGAAAAAGAGAGGCUGGAGAGGGAACGCGUUGCCAAAGAGAGGCUGGAGAGGGAACGCGUCGCCAAAGAGAGGCUGGAGAGGGAACGCGUCGCCAAAGAAAGAGAGAGAAUUGCAAGGGAGAGGGAGACGAUGGGGCGAGAGAGGGCUGAAAAGGAGAGGCAAGAGAACGAACGAAUGGCCAAAGAAAGAGCCGAAAAAGGGAGGCUGGAGAGAGAACGAGUCGCUCAGGAAAGAGAGAGAAUCGCCAGGGAAAAAGAGAGAGUAACCAAAGAGAAGGAAAGGAUGGAGAGGGAACGCAUCGCCAGGGAAAGGGCGAGAAUUGCUCAGGAGAAGGAGAGAUCAGAGAAAGAAAGAUUGGAGAAGGAAAGGGUUACAAGAGAAGAUAAGAUGAAGAUGGAGAGGGAGCUAACGGCAAAGGAAAGAGAGCGAAUCGCCCAGGAGAAGGACAGAAUGGAACAGGUGAGACGAGAGAAGGAAAGGAUGGAGAAGGAGCUGAUGGAGAGGCAGAGGCUCGCCAGAGAGAAAGCUGCCCGGGACAAGACGGAGGUGGAGAGGCCGGCGAAGAAACAAGAGCUCCUCGAGAGGAAACCGAACGCUUCCCAUCCCAAAGCUCCGUCGUCGGCGGAGGAGGAGAAAAGUGGCCGAGCGAGUGCGUCAGCGGUCCGGAGGGAGAAGAGCGUGGCGGAGGAGAAGAUGGCCGUCGGCGGUAAAAGAAAAUGACACUGUGGAUCCACGUUACUAUCUCAUAAACGGUGCUAGAAGAGGUGGGAGAGGUUUGGAAACGAUGAUUUAAUAAAAUCUACCAUUCUUGUGCACUCAGGAUUUACUUUGGAGGGAUGGAAGACAAAAAAGCUAAAACUCAAAUGUGACGCAGACUGUGUUUUACAGAUGAAUUUAAAAACAGUGAUGUGAUUAUUGUCUGUUCGAGGCUGUUCAUCCGGUUCCCGUCAGUCCGUGGCGUGUGAUAUAUCAUAUGAGGGUGAAAGUGUCGUCUUACGUGACACAGAUAAGCGUUCUGGUGUUAUUUAAAACCUCGUCAGCGUUGAAAAGGAUGAAGGAACUCGCUGAAGCGUUCCCCCUUAAGAACCCACUUAAGAGAGUAAUUUAUAUAGUUAUACUUGACAGUUUCAUUUUGUUGCGUUUUGCAUUUUCAUGUCUUGAAGUCAGAUUGUUGUCUUUUUCUUUGGUUUCGGGCUCUGAUCUUUGCUCGAUGAUGGUUUUCUGGGAGUUUAAUUGUAUUACGUUGCUGAGGUUUUGAGCGUUAGUUAAAUGUCAGUCAUGUAGUACCAGUGAAAUCCUCAGUUUGAACAAAGUGAUUCAGUGUAUUAAUUGAGUUAAAUGUCUUAAAUGAAUAUAACUCGUCAUUUUCAUCAACAAAAAUAAAGUGAUGAUGGACUCGCCAAGCGAAUGCAGAUACAUAAUAUGAUCUGUUAUUUUGUAACGACUUAAUUAAUUCACUAUAAUAGCGUUAGAGACAAAAACAGAUUUGUUGUUAUUGUAGUUAAAUAAUUGUAAUGUUAUUAGAUUGCUGCACGAUCGCUCCGUUAAUACAGGUGCGCCGAGUGGCUGAGCGAAUAUGUUUUUGACCGUCGUUUUUGAAAGGCUAAAUGCCAACAAAUAUGGAUUGAAGUAGAAUAUUUAGUUGCUACAAAGAAGCAAAAAAAUAUAUCUUUUUGAAUAGUUUUAUAGAGUGCAUAAAUCAUCCAGUAAGUGGGUUAUUGUGAUUUUUUUUUCGGACAUUUUUUCAGAUCUUUUUUUUCAGACUUUUUUUGUCCGACUUU